UUGUACCUUGUAGGAUAUUCUGGGACAUAUACUACUGGCUGGAGAACCUCAACCUGUGGCUGGCGGCCUUCCUGGAGCUCAUAUACAUGGUGGUGCGGAGCACCGAGUACGUCGAGAUAUUCCUGUCCAUGCCGUGCCUGUGUAACCUGCUUUUAGCAAUAUUCAAGUCGUACAAAAUGGUGGUCUACCGGCCAGUGUUCAACAACCUUGUGUGGGAGCUCAGAUCUAUGUGGCCUCAGGGAACAGUCACCGAAGAAGAGGGCAUUAUAGUAAGCAGGACACUGCGGAGUCUCAACAUGGUCGUUAAAGGCUACUAUUGGUGCAACAUCCUCCUAGUGUUGAUCUUCCUGUCUCCCUCCUUCGUGGCCCUGGGAUAUCGAGCUGCAGGACACGACACAUCUCUCAUCCUGCCGUACUGGUACUGGUACCCCUUCGAUCCUUACGAAGGCGGUGCGGGGUAUGCGUUUGCUUUGGCCUUUGAGGAUUUCCAUGGUUGUAGUGCCAUUGGCUUCAUGGUAAUGGGAGACUUGCUGUUCUGCAUUUUCUUGAGCCACAUUUCGAUCCAGUUCGAUCUGCUUGCAAUUCGUAUACAGAAACUCGUACCGAAGGUUGAACCUAAACAUCACUUGAGUGCAUUUACCACUGAGCAAAUGCGCAGUGAAAACUGUGAUACCCCGGAAUGGGAGAAAAAUCUUCUAAAAGAGUUGGCCGCCAUCAUUGAGAGACAUCAGGCCCUGAUUAGACUUACGGGUGACGUGGAAGAAAUGUUCAGCGGAGCCCUGCUCCUCAACUUCCUCAACAGCUCCAUGAUCUUCUGUUUCUGUGGGUUCUGUUCCGUCAUAGUAGAAAAAUGGAACGAGUUUAGCUACAAAUCGUUUCUCAUCACAGCGCUCGCGCAGACCUACCUCCUGUGCGCUCAUGGACAGAAAAUAAUCGACUCUAGUAGAGGAAUAAACGUAGCACUGUACAACUGCCUCUGGUACAACGCGUCUAAGAAAGUCAAGAGUUCGGUCCUUAUUGCGAUGCACAGGUCCCAAAAAGAAAUCCAUGUCACGACCUACGGAUUCUCCGUCAUCAAUAUGGCGAGCUACGCCACGAUUCUCAAGACGGCCUGGUCAUAUUUGUCGCUUCUUUUAAAUGUUUAUAAAUAA